GACAGUUCAAUGAAAAUGACAGGUCUACGAGCCUCUUUGUCGACUAUCAAACAAUAUUACACACACAUGGACACAAAUGGCAAACUCUUUUUUUUUCUAUUCGUAAGAAAUCACAUCUUGAUGCAAAAACAUAGCGAUAAAAAUAGAUUUUGCUAAAGAAAGUUCUCUUUGCGACAACAAUAAAAUCGAGUGAAAAAGUGUUUGUUCCACAUACGAUUUAUUUACAAUGUCACCGCAGUUAUUUGUUGAGCAGUCAAAAAAAAUUAGAGCAAAUGUUCGCAGAGUCAAACCAUAGACUUGAUUUAGAACGUAAAAUUUAGUUUGUGCAACCAUUUUUCAUCUAUAUGAAAAUAAAAUACAAAAACCAUUUUUUUCUGUUGUUCAUUUUUCACGUGUCCUUAUUUGAGCGUGGUCAUUGUGUGCUCAGUGCAUUUGUUUAGAUGCCAAUGUCGUGUGUAUUUAUAUUUUGGAAAUAGAACAUUAUUGUCAAGAGACUAAAUGUGUGUGAAAUAGACGUAGAAAUCGAUUAAGGGAUAAUACGCCUAGUUUUGUGGUUCGCAAAAAAAAGGAUUUGUGUGGUGUGAAAAGAUGUCACUGAGUGAAGCGAAUAUUUUUCAUUUGCGACAAAUUUUGCAGAAUUUUCAUACGAAAAAAUCCGCUUUUGUUGACAAUCAUCGGAAUUGCGUGCAAAUAUUGUGUUUGGUUGGUGAGGAAAAUGAGAUUUUGGUACGGUUUCGUUAUUAUGGCGAUCACAAUAUCACCAAACUGCUGAGCAAACGGUUCAGCGACGAUGACGAACCACCACCUGCUGUUGCAGCAGACGCUCAACCAACGUCCAGAGACUCAAUUGAUAGCUUUAGCAGUGCGGCCAGUUGGAAAUUAAUUGUGUGGUUUCAAAAGACACAGCGAAUCAUUCAAGAUAUUUGUUUUGAUCCGAGUGGACGUCAUUUGUUGGUUGUGUGCUACGACAAUACACUACAUAUUGUACCUAUACUUUGGAUAAUAAACCCCGAAUUCGGCCUAAAAACUACAACAUCACAAGAAAUCGAGAAUUUCUAUUGGCCUUUUCGGUCUGAUGAGAUUACCUCGUUCAUUGUACCGUUUUCGGGGCCACACGAAUGCUCAAAUUCCAAAACUUGUCCAAAUAAUACGAGCACCGCAAAGGCCACACACAAAAUCGCUGAUGCAGGCAACGAAUUAGACGGCGAUGCCGUGGAGGACAAAUACUCACCAGAACAGAUUAAUGAGAUUCUAUCCAACAAUGUGUACCAGUCAUUUUAUAUGCCAGCCAGUGAUUUGAAACGAAUCAGCGGAUCAAGUUAUACGGAGAAUACGAUGCAAUCCAGUGGUGAAGCCAUUAGCAUCGCAGAGAAGAGUCCAGAUGGUUGUGAGAAAUUUUUUACCGCUAACGAUGACAAUUCCGAACAUUUCGAAUCAGCAACAGUGAAUUUGUGUCCAUUUCCGUUAUCGGUUGUUUGGUGGAGUACAUCGCGACUUGACGAACAAAAGCAUCAACAUCGAGCGGUUAUUGGCUAUUCAGAUGGUUCUAUAUGCGUUGUUGGACUAGCGCCAAAUUGCCCAUUCAUCGCCAAUACUUCUAUCGAAAGCAAAAGUGGCGGCAUUUCACAAAUGACCAUUUGUCGUGAUACAAUCGUUAAGAGCGUAUCGUUAUUGAUUACGGCUACAUCAAAAGAGCAAUGGAAACUACUUUUGGAGCAAAAUUCAAUUGGCUACAUUUUCCCCGAUGAAAUUCCGAAAUUGUCACCAGAUUGCCAGCCACAGAACAAUGUUCAGACUACCGACAGCUCAGUCAUGAAGUCAAGGUCAUCUGAACAAGACUGGCAAUUUGUAAUUCCAGUGCCGUCAUUGAAUCAAUCAACCGAUGAAAAGCCUGAUACGGAACUUUCUGAAUUUGAAAUCAUGAAAGAUGGUUUUGUGCCCGUGAGUAGUGACCAAGAGACAUCGAGCUCGACUGAUUUGGUUCCGACUAGCGGAAUAUUUCCAGCAGCAAGAGCAAGGUUGGCUUCGCUAAGAGAUUUGGGAGCAAAAAAGAUCGGCGCUUUAAAAUUGAAAUUGAUUGAAAAUAAAAUCAAAUCGAAUGAACGAGAUCGCAGCCGUCAAAAUACUACGCAGUUAGCAACGAUGCACAUGCCAAGUUUUGUUCCAGAAAUUUUAACCACAAAAACAGGACCAUAUUUCAUCGCACAAUUUUUACGAGACACACAUUUGCUAAGCGCUUUGCAUUCAUAUUCCGACACAUUGUCGGUGCACAGUAUGGAUAUCAGUUUGAUACCAUUGUACUUGUAUAAAAUACCGAAAGACUGCACAAAUGUUCUCCUCACACCGAAUAUUAUGUACACAACACAAAGAGUGCGAAAAAGCCAAGGUGAAGUGAAUGAAAAUGCUGAGGGUGUGGAGUAUGAGAACAAAGAAGUUCCAUCGCCGAUUAAAGAAACACUCAUAAAUGCGAUCGGUAUCAUCGGAUGUAGUUCGACUGUUUUGCGAAUAGGAGAGGAUUCGGAAUUCAACUCGUCUUCCAUGUUGGGAAUGUUCAAAUUUCCUGACGAACAAAUCGUUGAUAUUCAUCGAGUUCCGUAUAGUCAACCUACGUCCGUUCCAUUCAUUGAGGUCACAUCUGAGAAUAAUCAAAAUCCAAUUCCAAUUGGAACCACCAACAUUGGCGAGCGCCCAAUUAUUCAACAGCCGAAAGUCACAACGCAAAACUACGCGGAAACAUUCAACAAAGACAAACAGCGUAAGGAGAGUAACAGCGAAGAGAAUGAAUUCUUCGACAUUGAUGACAAAUCGGUUCUGGAACAUGUUUUUCCCGCAAUCGAAAUGGAUCAAUGCUUGGUCGUCACCGAUCGUUCAUUGUAUAUGAUUGAAUUCAACCAUGUGCCACAUAUCGUCUUUUUGAAUUUGGUGAAAAGUGACCAGUGGAAAGCAUGCGAAGAAUUCUGUAAAGUUUUCAAUUUGGACUACAAUCAAUGCAUUGAAUAUGCUGGCGAUGUUUUACUGCGGAAGAAUAAGACAACUCAAGCUCUACUUACGUAUAACAUAUCAAAGAUUCCAGCAGUUAAAACCGCAUUGAAGUUGGCAAUGUUUGGUCAAAAUAGUGCACUCAUGCAUCUCUGUUCAAUGGCCCUGAAGAUUGUCUAUAUUCUGAAAAGCGUUUAUCCGAAAAACCAUACCAUCAACUAUGUGGCUAAGAGCGUCAACAACACAGAUGAACAGAAAAUUGAUUCGGGAAAGUCGUCGAGUUCAAAGAAGCAGAAAGAAUUGAAUGUUGGCGUUUUGUGUAGCGAUUUUUCAUAUGAAAAAGAUGAAACUCCGGCCGAUUUACAGAUGUCCAAUUCGUCACAGUUUCAUUUAUCGAAUUUGCUGCUGUUGACACUCACCGAAAAAGCAAUCAAAGAUAAGCAAUUGAUGCCAUUGUGGAAUUUCCUGGUUGUAAACAAACGCUAUCAUACGAACAUGAGCAGUAUAGUCUUGGCUCAAAGUGGUUUGUACUCAUCAACAAUCGUUUUGGCGCUUAAUCGAGGCGCUCACAUGGAUGCAUUUUGUGCUUUAGUCGGCGUGACGAACCAGGAAUUCGGUUGGUACAGCGAGAUAAAUGACAUUCUGUAUCAGUUGUCGGAUCCAAUAUUCAUGGAAUGCAUUAUUUAUUUGCAAUUAAUCGCAAUGGAUUACUUUGAUUGCAUUCAAUCGAAAUGCAACAAAAUCAACCAGCAGGUUUUACAACGUCUCAGACAUCAAUUGGAUCCGUUUACUCCAGUCUUCCGACCGAUUGUCUCACAGCUUUCAUCAAAUUACAUUGAAAGUGAUUCAACUGAUUUGAAUAAGCUGGUCGAGUUUUGUAAGCAUUUAAUCGAAACGUUUUUGAUUGUUAUAAUAAAAUUGUAUACACUGAAUUGCACUAAAGAUGAAACAACCAAUGGACUGAAUGUUAUUAAUGUUAGACUUGAACAGAAUCAGUUUGCUAUAAAAAUUGAUAACAGUUUAUUAAAUAUUUCGGCUGGAUUUGCACAUUGCGCGGCCAUCAUUGAUGGCUCUUGUUAUUUAUGGGGAUCGAAUGGAGUGAAUUGUGCCUUAAAUCUGGCUGCACCAAAUUCCGUAGCCGAUUCAAUAUCGGAAACAUCGCUCAGAUGCUUGGAGUUCAUUUCAAAUAUGGGCUUAGAAGUCCACGCAGUGAAAUGUGGCAAGGGUCAUACUUUGAUCCUAACAAACAACGGCUUAUACGCGAUGGGAUCAAAUAUGCAGCAACAGCUUGGUAUCGGAAAGCAUCAUGUUCAGGCACUGCAGCCGAUGCUUAUAAAAGAGUUUGAUGGGAAGAAUGUUACACUAAUUGAAGCUGGUCAAUAUCAUAACGCCGUGUAUGCGGACGGUGAAUUAUACACUUUUGGCUGGGGAAUCUAUGGUCAACUCGGCCACGGUGAUGUUUUCACUUUGGAUCGACCGAAAAUCGUGCGAUUCUUCAGUAGAAAAAAAGUGAAACAAAUUGCUCUGGGUCAUGCGCACACUCUAGUUCUAUGCGGCGACAAAUUGAAUACAAAUGACACAGUUGUGUAUGUCUUUGGAUGUAAUUUAUUUGGCCAAUUGGGAACUGGCCAGUAUCAAAAUGAAAAUUCGCAACAAAAAUACCUAAAAAGCUCAAUACCGAUCAAAAUUGAUAUUUCCAAUGAGACAAUCACACAAAUUCACACCAAAUUUUUUGCUAAUUUCGUUAUUACACAAAGCAAUAAACUUUACACAUGGGGCGCUUCACCACAGUUGAUUCGUUUACUGAAUCAAUCACGAAAGCGAGCACGAAUGACUCAAAAGUUUGAGGAUACAAAAACUGCUCUGACGAAUGACAUUGCAGAUAAAUCAAAAGCAACUAAUGGUCUAUCAAGUGAAGAAACUGAUGCAAAAGAACAAAUACAAAGUGAGGAGUCAACGAAUCAAGAGACGAUUGACGUUGAUUCUAACAAAACAAACAAUGUUGAGUCGUUUGAACAAAAUGAUACGAACGAAGUGCCAAAAUCGAUGGCUAGCAAAUUGACGCCAAGUAAUUUACAAGACAGAAUAAGAAACUUUUUACGGUCGGAGAAACAUUCGUCUGAAAAGAGCACCGAACCUGAUGCAGCGUCCAAAAUUAACAGUGAAUUUUAUUUGGAUGAUGAGUACACCGAACAUUUUCUGCCACAACAAGUUGACACAAGUGAAGUGAUCGGUGAAAUGCUUCAGAUUUCAAGUGGACUAUAUCACAAUGUUUUGCUAACAAACACAUCGCAACUGUAUACUUGGGGUCGGAAUCUGGAAAAACAACUUGGACGCGAGAAUACGCGUUGCGAUUUAACAAAGCCAACCCUAUUGGAGCUUAACGACAAUGUGAUCUAUAUUGAUUGUGGGGCUGAUUUCACGCUGAUUUUGACGGAUAAUUUAACAGUAAAGGCUUUUGGCAACAAUAAUGUCGGACAGUGUGGUCGCGAGAUAAAUCAUCCGGAUCGAAAUGGUUAUGCCGGGAAAUUGGUACGGUUGCGUGUAUCAAAGCGUAUAGUUCGUCUUCCCGAUACUAGUCAAUGCAUUGAACAGCCACUGGAGAUCCCAUUGCCUCGCCCGAAGAUUCGUAUGAAUUAUGACCCUGUGCGUUAUUUGAAGAGUAUGCCACAGUUUCGGCCAGAGUUCAUAUCACGUGAAAUAUUUCGCACACCUGGUUUUGCCGACACAAGUCCAUCGAGUGAAAACUUUGACUGCAACAGUCUAUCAUCGGAUGGCGACAACCUAGCAAUUCCAUCGGCUAACCAGUUCACAUCCAUGAAACAUUCACUCUCAUCAAAUACAAAAUCACCGUUGUCAUCUAGUGAUCUAGAAGUGACCAGCGAAUUCAUUCACUAUUGUCUCUUUAUCCUGCACGGAAUCUAUGAUGCACAUAAAAUUCUCGGUUUUACAACACUGAACGAGUUCAAAGUGCGCAUACUUAUGCUGAAUUACUACGUAAAGGAGUCAUUUGCAUUAUGCUUGGCAGCGGCAAAAGACACUAUUGCAAUGCAUCAGAGUCAAGACGAUGUUGAUUUGGAUAACAUGAUGCUAACGAGUUACGUGAUAAAAUUGUUCGAAUAUUUUACGAAGGAUGCAAACGUUGUGCCCGUUCAUCGAACAGACUUAAAAUACCUGAUUCAUGGCAUUUUUAUGUAUUUCAUCGAGAAUUCGCUGUCGUUGCAACCGCUUGAAGAGUACUUUUUGAACAAUAUCGAUCACUACCUAUUCGGCUUGGCAUACGUUCUCUUCUUUAAUAAUAACAACACAAAACUGGAGCGACAACUUCAACAAAAAUACAAUCAUUUAUUUGGAGACUGUGUUCCAGAUGCGAGUCAACGAAACUAUGACGUUGCUGGUGCAACCAAUUACAGUGAUAGCUUAAACACCGGUGACGAAGAAGACUCAACGGGCGAGCAAACAAGCCAAACGGAUCAAAAUGAUAACGAUGUUCAACUUGAUUUUGAUACACUUUUUAAGCACGUUUCAACGUCAUUCAAAGCAAUCAUUUGCCAAAGAUUAAUUAAAUUCGAUAAGGAACUAAAUUAGGUUCGAGUGUCAUUUUUUCGUUGUUUUUAAAUUUCAUUUUUUUUUUCUAUUAAAAGCCAAUAUUUAUUUUCCAAUUUAUUCUAAUCCGAUUAAUGGUCAAAUUUUAUGUGAUAAUUUCGGUAACUGUUUUAUGUUAUUCUGGGUGGCGGUCAUAACGCCCUGGACGGACAGCAUGCUUCUGUGUUUCUAUUACAUUAGAGUAUGCUGUCCGUUGGUGGCGUUUUGACCGCCACUCGUUAUUUUAAAUUUCGCUUACAGUCUAUUUAUGUUCCUCGGGAUAAAUUUAUCCUAAGGAUAAAUUUUUUUGGUCAUAAUACCAAAAUUUCCAGCAAGAGAACAUAGAUUUUACGUGAGUUAAGUACAAUUUCUUUUGAAUCGAUUAAACAAAGUUGAAUGCAUUGUUGAAUGAAUCAAUCAAAAUUACGGCAUAAAAAUCAAUCAAAAAUUUCUUUUGCCUUGAUGCGAUUCUCCUCGGCGUAUAUUAGAACUGUCAUAAUUUUAGUUGAAAAAUAAUACUCUUAGUUAGAUGAAUCCAAACUCGAAGUUGUGAGAAAAACAUGUUCAUUGUCAUUGUAAAAGCGUGUCUAGAUUUCAUGUUCAUCUUUAUUUAAUAGAAACAAAAAUUAGAAAAAAAUGCUAGAAUUACGGGCGCACCAUUGACAUUACCUUCAGGCUCUCCUUUUGACAUCAAAUGAAAUUUAUCGCACUGAAAUGCGACACAUUCAAAAACAAAAAUGCACAGCUAUAGACCAAACACUCAUCGUUGCCCAUUCUAUGUGUAAGCUAAAUUAAUCGAAGGUGUUUGACUCUCCCGAUCUUGGUGAGGUGUGAACUCAAGAAAAUAAACACUGUAACUUGUUAAAUGAAA